GAUCAUCUGCAACCAGCCAACAGGAGGAAGGAGUCGGAAGAAGGAGGCUGACGGUCAAAAUUGCUUGAGGCAAAACGCACAGUUGCACCAACAAUUUAGGGGCACGCUAACUCGCUUAACGAAUACAUAUUUGAUUUCUAAAUUUCUUUUCGGGCACUGCUUACUUGAAACUUCUCCCAGCAAUUCCCAGCUAUUAACUUUUUUGCAGUGGUCCAAAUCCGCAGUAGUGCCACGGGCAGCACAGGAAUUCGAAGACCCUUGUUAUGUUUUGGCAGCUCUGUCCUUGGAUUCGUCCUUGAAUCCCGUCCAUUGUUAUUGUCUCUCAUCGCGGGCCUAAAUUCUAUGAGCCAGGAAUGGUAAAUCCAUCAGUUGGCGGUCGUCCUUAUUAGUACAAGCCCAAGCAAAAUGGAAGGGCUUCGAAAAGAAUUGGAGGCGCUCGUGCCCGAGCAGGAGGCCCCCAAGGACCUGAGUGUGAAGGUGCGGCGUCCAAAGCCCGUGCCACCCCCGUUGGACCUUCGACUUGGUGCGGUGGCAGAGUCGUACCGGCUGCAAGCGCCGCCGCCAUCCCCCCUGAGCCCGACCGGGCAGAAGUCGCUGCCCUUCCGCAAGCGGGCGCACAGCCUAUCGAGCCAGGAGGUUGCCACCACGACCACCUCGCCGGCGCCGUACGUCCCCGCCUCGGCCGGCAUCAAGGAGGAAGCCCCGUGCGGCGUCGUCAGGGGACCCUUCAGCGUGGAGCGUCUCUUGGCGCCCCCGUCCGCCCUGCUCAGCCCGUCCUCGCUGGGUUCGAGCCAGGAGGAGUUGUGCUCUCCCCUUUGGCCGCCUCAGCAGCCUCGCGGCCCUAGACCGGUCUGGCACUGCUUUGCGGCCGGCUCCAAGGUCAGGUUCGGGGCAACCUGGCAGAUGGUGGAGGAACUGGCACCCUCGCGGAGUCCUGAGUGGCCCUUGCAGGUCGAAAACAUUCAUCUAUAUGGUCAGCGGAUGAUUCUCCAAAUGCACCAACCCGCUGAAAUCUGUAGACCUUGGGAAAGUGGAGUUACGGCCGAAUGUGAGCUUGAGCAUCCUUUCUUCGUCCAGGAUAAAGGCUGGUGCGCUGCGUAUCCUGAGCUGACCAUGCAGAAGUAUGGCAUGAUCUGUCAGCCACUUGACAAAGGAGACGUCUUGUUGGCCCCGACCAAGCUGCCGAUAAACUCUCCCGACAUUUGUGACAGAUUCAAGAGGUUCUCGUUCACCCCUGAAGAGCAGCACGUUGUUCUGUCUACCAUGUCUCCUCAGGUUGGCUCAACCUCGGACGGUCUCCUGUCGCCACCCGUGUCUCCAGUAAAGAAAAUCGUAGACCCAAACCGGCCAAAGCGGCCAAUGAAUGCAUUCAUGCUCUUCGCAAAGAAACACAGACUGGAACUCAUCCAGAAGCACCCAGGGAAGGACAACAGGGCCAUAAGCGUGCUGUUGGGGGAGUCGUGGCGCAGUCUGCCGCAAGAGGAGCGAGACGUGUUCGUGCAGGAGGCGCGUUCGCUCGCCACGGAACAAAAACGGUUGCACCCUGACUGCUGGAAGCGCAAGAGGUCGCACUCGACCCCCAGCUAGAUCUCACGACCAAAGAUCUCUCAAUUGUCAGCCUCGCUCGACCAAAGACAACAAUCAACAGCCACUGGCCGUCUCUUUCUUCCAACUUUGUUUAGGACUCAGUUCAAAAUAAUUAUUAAGGUUUGGGUUAAGUUGCCCGCGGAAACUAAAUCACGCGGAGUUAGAAUGGUACUGUUUAUGAUAUAAGCGACUGUAAGAAUUGUUGGUUGACUUAUUGUUUUGCGUUUUAGCCAAGAGAGCACUUGCAAAGUUUUGAAUUGAUCCACUAAAGCACUGCCAGUUAAGCGUGGAUUCAGCGGUUGUUAUCGUAUCGCUUGGACGGAAUUCUAUUUAAGGUUUUUCUAUGAUGUUGGAUUCCAGUCCUUGCAUGAUUGAUCACAACCGCUUUUCCACGUAUCAGGUUUCUGGUCGUUUCGUUGCCAGUUAACGAUUAGAACUAAGAACUAUGUUGCAAGUGCAAAGCCUGACCGUUUGGACAGCUCAUCACCCUACUCCAAUGUUACAGAAUAAUGAUUAGCGGCGCGAAACUUGCCAGCGAGUAUAUUCCGUUUGCAAUCGUGAUAAUUUGGAAAGAUGUCUUCCCUGUUUCUACCUGAACUUCAGAAAUCUAUUUUUCAAAAUGUUGACGGAACACGUUAUCAUAAAUUUAUUGAAGUUGCAAUGGAAAGAGAAAGAAAACUACUGUUGAAUUUAGCUAAUUAGCCCUAUUUAGAUCAGCCAGCCGAGUGCAAUAUUGACCAUUUUUUUAUGAAACGGCUGGCUCGGCGCACAAGACAAUAGAAUGUGGCAUUUGAGGACUGACUGUGAUAUGUGCCUCUCACUCAAUACCAGAUGGAUCUUCAUGGACGAUCUCACCCAAAAUCACACUCGCGCCCACCAGGGCAGCUGAAUUCGAAACAAACGCAUGAUUUGAAUCUGAUCUCAUUUUGCGACCGGCCAAAUGAGCGAAAUUCGAAGUUGAAUCCAGAGUCAGUUAUUCAUUUGGGCAGAGAUUACUACCACAACACUAUGAAUAAUUGUAGCUCUGAUGAUUGCUAUUGCAUAGUUUAGCUUUUUAAGUAAUGUAUUUUAACUGUCAGUUUACAGUAAAAUUUAGCAUAAUGCAUCGAAUGUAAUGUUCUUGUAUGAAUACUUCACCAUUUUUUCAUAUGGCUGCAAACAAAGCAACUUCAUGUUUUUACCAAAUAAAGUCGAUAAUUCAAUAAAA